AUGGGUACCUCCUGUGCCUCCAGUGAGCAAGGCCCUGAAUCUGAGAUAUUACAAAAGCGGCAUCAAGUGUUCGGUGAAAGGACUCUGGUUUUUGGGGUUCUAUUGUUGGUUCGAAGCUCCAGUUGUAGCUUGUUGAUAUCCGCCGGGGCAACCAAGUGUCCGUCGUGGUUGUUGACGUCUCUCCCACGGUUCCGAACACUCGAAAGCUCUAGUAUACCACUUCAUUCAGAAUGGAGAAUCGAUUCAGUGGAAGCGCUUAUUCUGAACACGAAGACGCCUCUAUUGAGUGUAUUCGUGGACUUGCGAUCAACCGCAGCAGAGCCCAACAUCUACACGGUGGAGCAGAUACGCUUCAAACACAACAGUAUACAGCUCAAAACCCCUACCCCCAGUCUGGAGCUUCCCAGUGUAUCUGUCUACUCCCAAUCUUCGUCUGGCUCUCCAACCAAAGACACCUUUCGCUUGCUGACGCGUGAAAUCCUGAACAAUCCGCUGUUAAAAUCGGUCAAAAAUACAGGAAAGCCUGUUUUGAUGCUCGAUCCGGAGAAGUUCAAUCCGAUGCACUCGGUGGAGGUGCCGAUCGUAUACGAUAACGCGGGCAAUUCCAGCCGGUCUGCGGAAGGAUGUGAAAUAAUGUGGCCAUUUGGCCCAGAGACACCUGAAACUGCACAAGCAAUUCCACCAAAGGCAUUUUCAUAUCCAGUUGAUGCAAAUCACUACAACAGACGCCUCCCUAUUUCCAAGUCUGAGGGAAACAAUGUCAAGUCUCUCGAUGGUAAUACGAACUAUGACGACGCGUCAUAUGGUGAAGAUCGCUAUUACCAGGACUGGAAACCUUCAGCAAACGUGUCCCCCGGGCGCCAGAAACAGCGAUCUCGAUCCCCAGAUCGAGGACGCGGCAGAGGGAGAUCUUUGUCUCCUGUCAAGAUCCUUGAGGAUCUUGACGAGAAUUCAAUACUCGAAUUUCUACCAAGCCCAAUGAAAAGGCCUCGAUCACCGCAUAAAAAGCUGUUCGGUGAAAAUGGUUGGCUAGGUCGCAGUCCUUCCCUGAAGGAAAGUCCUUCUGAGAAGAACAAAAGGCCUGGUUUCAAGGCGCUGGGUGAGAAGAUCAAACAGCGCGUUGAGGAUAUCACAGGAGACGUGAAGAAAUCCAAAGAACGGUUUCAAUCAACCUUCCCCAUUUCCUUGGACCCUCCAACCCAGGCAAAAUUGUACUCCGAGGUAGAGCUUAUGAUAUGUGUGACGGCCAACAAGUUCCUUCUCGACCAACACAAGGAGGGUCGCAUAUCGGUGGAAUCGGUUACCAAAGUCACCAAUUUCUGGGCGUCAAAGAAUCGUCCGCAGGUCGUGCAGUUUCAAUUCGACCAGCUCACCCAGCGUGACCUCGUCAUCUAUAACCUACGUACGUUCAAAUUUCAUGGCGAAUGUGCACAGAAUGUGGUAGCUCUCAAUGCCACCUUGCGUAAUUGGAAGGCGAUCGCCAAGGAGAUGAGUGUUCGUACCUUUUGCACUCCAGAUAGCGUCAUUAGAAAGCAUAUGCAUGAUACGCACAAGAUCCUGGAGAUGCUCGGCGCGCCUAUUGUCACCUUCCUCGCGUUUCAGGAGCUUCAGGUCAACACACUUUCGCUCAUGAAACAGGAGCAGGAGAAGAAGAUGCAAGCAAUGGGGAGGCAUGGUGUGACGAGAGAGUAUCAUCCACCUUCCCUAUCCCAGCAUGACAACGAAGAUAAAGGAAGAUCCCAUGGAGGAAACCGCGAUUCUGUACAAUUCGUUCUUCUUUUCGCGAUGGUUAACUUUAGCGGUGGCGUGUUUGGAUAUAUAACUCCCAUGACAGAUGAUCCUUUAACUCCAUUACCUGCCGCUUCCGCAAGCUCCAGCAGCUCUCAAUCUAGCUUCCCUCCCCGUCCCUUUUCGGUAUUGGAUAAUAUUGCUCUGGAGGAGGCAUGGCACGGACUUAGAAAUGCAGUGGAAGAUCAAGACGGCGAUGGCACUCUUAAAAGUGGUUCUGGGGAGGACAGAGCUAACACAGCCUGGAGGCAGAAAGUUGACAGACUUAUCCUUGAGGCUUUAACAGCUGUUCGCGAAUAUAGGGAUGCUUUUUCGGAUCUAAAUGUGACCCCGAUUAACGAACGACAUGAUACUUCUUCGAUAUUUGCUCUCGUUGAAAAACAUGCUGCGAUAUAUGGAAGUUCUGAGGGUGGUGAAACGGAAAAGAGGAGGUUUAUGGUUUCAACACUAAGAAAUGUAAUUGAGCAAAUUAGCCGGCAAAAGGAAAGUGCCUGGCGACAUGAUCUACGGCCUAUAAUUGUUGCGCUAUUCUGCGCUGCAGCUAACGAAAUCCCGAAUCAAGAGAAGGACACUUCUACAAAGGUUGCUGAUAAAUUUUCUCGGCAAGUCUGUGAACAAGAAGAACCUGCUGGAGCGCCAAUCCCAAUUCGGAUGCCUGCGGAAUCAGCUGGCGACGUAGAAGCAUCUAGUAAUUCGAUGGGACAGAUCCUUGGUCCGGGUCAAAGUUACAAUAGUCCAAAAUCUUUGAAACGACAUAGCCCUCCGGCAGACCGUAAAUCGAAGACUUCGAAACGGAUAAGCAUAUCAUCCCCUUGUGGUGAUGACGUUUUUGGGUCUUAUUCUUCACAGACAGGCAGGCCGAUUCCUUCAGCUGGGGUUCAUGGAGGCGAUACAAAUAUCACCGGAUCGCCAUUCAUCAGAGCUCCAGCGCGGAGCCCGCGAUCAGUUCCUUCACCAAGGUCGCCUGCUACCCCGGGUAGAGCGUCGCAUCCACUGGGUGGGAUGGUGACAGUUGACCAAGGAAGUGAUGUCCGUUCGGCCAAGUCCAGGGUCCAUUCAGCUGGCAGCCCCUCAAAGUUUACAGUACCGCGCCUCUCUCCAUCGGAACCAGAAGUGACCCCAGUAGAAAGAAAAAAGGAAGCAGAUGCUGUUAUACCAGUUGGAAUAUCCAGGUUACAUUCAGUGGAACUUCCCAACUUGGAGAUGAAACCCAUAUAUUGGAGCCCUAUUCAUGAUAUAUCUUCCGUUAUUCGGGCCACUUGGUUUUAUAAGAACACCAUGUUACCCGUUGAACCGGAGCUUGCUAACCAACUCGAAGCCGGCUAUAUGUAUAUGCGGCCUUGGACCGAAACCUGGCAGGAUGAACUUAACAGUUGUAUAGAAAACGGAGCGGAGGCAGAGAUCAAAAUUGUGCAUCCAAUCUGGCCUCCAGAAGAAGAGGUAAAAGAGCAAAGUGCCAUGGAGUCCGGGCAUGAGUCAAAGCCAUCCAAACGAUUGUCGCUCUCGAAGCCGACUGAGACCGAGGCGGGGCUCGAUUGUUUAUGA